AUGGCCGCCAUCAGCGAGAAGGAGUACGUCAAGACCGACGGCCUGCCGGCCGACACGACGGUGCAGCCUGCCGCAGGACAGGCAGAGACGUACCGCCGCGAGAGCUCGCCCCCGACAUCGCUCAAGGGCAAGGCGGCGGGCAACGCCGACACCGAGUCGCUCAACAGCGACAUCACGCUCGCAGCCCAGGAGGAGGGCAUCGACCCCGCCUUCUACGCCAAGGUGCAGGUGCUUAACCGGGCGCUCUCCGAAAUCGGCAUGGGCAGGUACCAGUGGGAGCUGUUCUUCUCUGGAGGUUUCGGCUGGUUCGCGGACAACAUUUGGCUCCAGGCCGUUGCCAUCCUGAUGCCGUGGAUCGGCUACGAGUGGAUCGACCCCGUGCACGUCAAGUUCGCCACUCUGGCGCUGUACGCCGGUCUCAUUGUCGGUGCUUCGUUCUGGGGAGCCUCGUGUGACCUGAUCGGACGUAAGCUCGCUUGGAACUGCACCCUCUUCAUCGGAGGCAUGUGGGGAGUCGUCGCUGGUGCGGCGCCCAACUUUGUCGCCCUCUGCUGCUUCAUCGCGUUCAUGGGCUUUGGUGUCGGUGGCAACCUCCCCGUCGACGGCACGAUGUACCUCGAGUUCCUGCCCGGUUCGCACCAGUGGGUGCUGACACUGCUCUCGCUCUGGUGGGCCGUCGGCCAGGUCGUUGCCUCGCUCAUCUCCUGGGGCUUCAUCGCGCGCUACUCGUCCGACUGCAGGGACUACACGUACGACGCCAACAAGAACAUUAUCGGCUACUGCUCGCGCGAGUCGAACAUGGGCUGGCGCUACGCCUACUUCACGCUCGGUGCCAUGAUGCUCUUCCUGUGGGGCCUGCGCUUCUUCGUGCUCCCCGUCUACGAGUCGCCCAAGUAUCUCUGCUCCAAGGGACAGGACGAGAAGGCUGUCGAGGUCGUGCACAAGGUCGCGAAGCGCAACGGCAAGGUUGUCCACCUGACCGUUGAGGACCUCGACCGCGCCGCCGCCCCCUACCUGACCCCCGAGGAGAAGGCCAAGGGCGAGCUGCACAAGGGCUACACCAACUGGCAGCUCCUCAAGAUGUCCGUCAGCCAGGGCACGCAGAUGAAGACGCUGUUCAAGACGAAGCGCCUCGCAUUCUCGACCACGCUCAUCGUGCUGAUCUAUGGCAUCAUCGGCCUCGCGUACCCGCUCUUCAACCAGUCGCUCGGCGUCUUCCUGCGCCAGAAGCAGGCCGAGAUUGCGGGCGCGGCGCCGAGCGUCGACGACUCGUUCAAGUCAUACACGUACCAGGCGGCGUGCGGUAUCCCGGGCUCGAUGCUUGCCGCGUUCCUCGUCACUGUCUCGCGCUUCGGCCGCAAGCUCGCCAUGGCGGCCUUCACGCUCUGCUCGGGCAUCUUCCUCUUCGGCCUGACCGCUGCCAAGAACAACCCCACCGUCGACGCGCUCACGUCCAUCGCCGCCUUCUUCCAGAACGCCAUGUACGGCGUCAUGUUCGGGUACGCGCCCGAGCUCUUCCCCACCCCCGUCCGUGGCACCGGCGACGCGCUCUGCGCCGCCGCCAUGCGCGUCUUCGGCCUCAUGGCGCCCAUCAUCGCCAUCUACUCGGACGCGAACAAGUCGCCUAACGGUCCCGUGUACGCCUCUGCUGCCCUUUACCUCUUCUCGGGCCUCAUCAUGCUCCUCCUCCCCGUCGAGACCCAGGGAAGGACCGCCCUUUAA